AUGACGUCUCCUACGCCGGAUGCUAUUCCCGCUCUAUCUCUCCCGCAAGAAGAACCGCAAGAGCAGCAGCAGGAAGAGCUUCUCCACGAUCAAGAUUCCGGUCCGCGCGACGUGUCUAUCUCCUGAAAACUAACCAUCCCUAGUAUGAUCCAAUUUGUCAUGCAAAAGUAAAAGAUGUAGUCAGUUCUGUUUUUGUCAUGCAUGAUGAUGCAGAAAAUGGAUGGGGAUGGUUCAUUUUCAGGGAAUAAUGUCUUUCCAACUGGAAGAAGCUGUAUCAAGUGUAAAAAAGUCUGGGUCUGGAAGGUUGGAGCUUGUGAUGCUAACUCUGGACUCUGAAAAAAUCUGUAUUGCAUGAUCACCAAGAGGAGCCUACUUUGUGCUAAGGGGGGAAGGCAUUUGUCAUGCGGAUUAGGCAUCAGGAAGCCCCCUUAGAAUCUGCGAUGCUAAGUCAUGCAUUACAGACAUCCUGGGCCAUGCAAAAGAAGCAUGAUAAACCCGGCAAAAUUCCAGACCCAGACAUUUUUGCAUUUGAUAAGCGGUAAUCGAAAACGAAACCUCCAAAAGCAGCAUUCGAGAACCCGAAGACGGUGUUGAUGAUGAACGCGGGAACCAUCGUCCUGGCGAUAAUUUUUCCAAACCCGCAACAAAAACGACACGUACACGAAGUCGAAAGAUAGCACCCACAAGUAGCUCACCAUAUUGUUCUAAAUCGGCAUCGUCUUCUGCUCCAAAAUUAUUCACCGCGAAUGGCAAGGAGAAAAGCGGUUGGCAAGCAAACAGAAAUGAUCGGCGAAGAACGACAAAGAGCACGGCAGCGGGGGAUCAUGAUGGUGCCGAUGCGGACAGCGAUGGAGGUGGCAGUAGAGCUAGUGGCUCUACUCCUCGCGAGAUGAACUACGAGAGCAGCAACGGCUCUUCCCUCAGUCUGACUUCUUCAUCUGACGACAAUGCAAAAGCGCAGAAUGAUCACGACAAUCGUCCCCAGCCUCCAGAACUACCGUGUACAGGAGCGCCUAGAAAUAAAGGUUCGGGCGAGCAACUGAAAUUUGUUCUGCGAGACCGAGGGAGCAAAAGUAAAAAACGCAGUACAGGUGGUGGUCACGGUCAACAUCACGCUCGUGGAACGGAUGUGUGUGGAACAACCGGUGCAGGAAAGAAAAACAAAAAAUCCUCUCCUCACAAACCUUCACAUCCACAACAUCGAAGGUCCAAGCCAGCCACAUCUGGGCGCACCACGGCGAGAGGCCACCAGCAUGGGAGCAAUAAGCCAUCAUCUACUACAGCAUCAAACCGUCACGAUCAUCACAAAAACACGACCAAUAAAGAGGACGAUUUCACAAUCGCGAUGCGGUACCUGGUGAAAGCCCCCAUUCGAGCUGCAAGAUUUUGCUUCUCCGAGAUUUUCGAAGGGAGUGGCGUGUUUUUGGAGGAAGACGAGGAGGAUUUUUACAAGUACAGAAAGAACACCGGCAGGACAAGGCGGAGAACAACAAGUCGGGGAAGAAGCACCAGUGAAAGAAGAGCUGCACCACGACGAGCACCACCACGUAUUCAUCGAAGGAUGAAUAAACAAGAGCCUUCAUCCAGUCCCGAAAUCACCACUUCAAAGCGCGGCGGUGGCAGAGCUGGAAAUCGGGAAGAUGAUGUUGAUCGAAACCGAAAGCUACGAUUUGAUGAGGAAAAUAAACGGAGAAAUUUCAAUGCAGAUGAAUCCACAGGAGCUCCUCCUGCUCCCCUUCGACUAGGGCUAACCGACGAUGAGCAGAGCUUUCUGAUGAAGCACAAAAACGAAGAAACUAUUUCGUUUCAAAUGCCAGGAGGAGGACAAGAAGACCCCAUCAAUCUCGAUCGGUCGGGGUUCUUGAACAACAGUUCGGUGAACAGAAGCCGCGGGACCAUGACGAAUAGCAUAAGUACAACAUCCAGCAAUAGCUUUGUUCGUCGAGUAUGAAAUGCAAAAGCAUCGCGCUAGUGGAAUCGCAUGAAAAAUUCCCUCAGCAUGAAAAAUGGAAUUUGUAAUGCGGAUUUAGAUUAUUAAGGAGGAGAUUUGUAAUGCAUGACUUCUACGAGUACGAUACUUUUUCACAGGAUAACGAGGAGCGCAUGACAACUUUUCCGAUGAUCCAGCAGCCGCCAGCGAAAUUUCCAGUUUUGUGGACUUGCAGCUGGCGGCGGUAUUGCACCAGAGAAUAGGGAGAAUUUUGAAACAAGCAAAGAAACGAACUGGUAAUUCUUCCUCCUCUUCCGCAUCAAGAACUACAUCGGACGACUUGCAAAAAGAGGACCAAAAAGCGAGGAGAGCAGUUUUCAAAAUCCUCGAAACCGCGCUGGCCACUGCUUGCGCGACGAGUACGAGCGCGAGUAGUGGCAAGAAGUCUGCCAGCACCAGCAGUACUAGCGGUAAUAAAGCCACAACCUUCAACCCCACCCGCCUGCAGUUCGCGGCAAAAUUGGCCCAGAUUCAGAACAAAACCUUCCUCGCGUUUCUUCUCCACGUGUAUUUCGAUUUCGAACCUGGCAUGGGGACGAGUAGUUGGUUUGGGAACGUGCAUAUGCACUGCAAAAGUAUCGUACUCGUACUAAUUGGACUUAUGCAUUACAAUUUUUUUUCUUAAGGUAGAUCCGCAUUACAAAAAAUUUAAUCUGUAAUGCUGAGCAAAUUUGUAUUGCGAUUUCUACUAGUACGAUGCUUUUGCAAUCCAUAGCGCAACUCCCGUAUUUCUACGGAACCAGUUCCUACGUCGGGCUAGAAACCGGGGCAUCAACAGCGGGACGAAGUGGAGGCGGGGGUUUAGGUCUUCGGUGUACUAGCAGUAGCACCUCCGCUAGCACCAACUCGAUAAACGUCAAGUCCCUUGUCGACACGCUUUCCUUCGUGUUAAAAGACCGGAUGUAUCCACAGUAAAUUUCAUCUUCCCGUACUACACGUUCAACUGCGGUUUCCGCAUGACAAACCUUUCCACUAAAUCCUAUGACACCAUGACAAGCGCGAUGGUGAAAGAUCAUGUGAUGCAGUUUGUGCACGCGUGCGGGAAGUUUGUGUUGCAUAGGAUGGCGAAGGACAGAGACGGGUUUUUCGAAGACGAAAACAACGUGACGGUCGCGAAAGGGAUGCUGCGUCUGUUCGCGUUCUGCCCCCUGGACCCCUGGGGAUACCUCGGCUACUGCUCCAUGACGAACAAUUUCAAGACGCGGGCGAGGCUGUAUUGGAUAUAAAUGAUGAUGCGUGACUUGAACUUGUGAUGCAGAAGCAUUUUGAGUAGUCUUCUCUGUCAUGCACGUUCGCCAUUAUUUCAACACAUUUCCAUUAUGUGCAAAAACCCACCCUCUACUUCUAUCUUCAGGUCUCUGGAAGUCCGCGCCAUUUUGCUUCCCCUGCAUUCCACCGUCUUUGUAGAAGAAAUUACCCUGACGAAAGAAGAGGAUCACGACUUCAUCAGGAAUUCGAAAUUUCAGACGAAAGACCUAGCAGCAGGAGGACCAGGACCUGGACCAGCAGCAGGAGUAGCAGCUGCAGCUUCAUCGCACUACAACAAAUCAUUACCCCACCAUUCCGAGAUCGGGUACCUAACUCCUAUUCCCCGCCACGCGGAGUCUCUAAACAUGGAAAACGACGAUUUACUGGCUCCGACUCCUUGGACGCCGGAGGAACAAUAUCGACACGGGGAUGAAGUAGAUCAUUUUCACGACCAGUUGUACUAUGGAGGAGAAGAGGAGGAGGUAAAUGUAAAUCUAAAUCCGCGGUUUCAAAGUUUUUUCCGGAACAACGUCCGAAGUAGUACGGGAACGAAUGUUGGCGGGAAGAAAAGUCAAAGAGGGAACAACUACAAAGUUUGCGGGGACUUUCAUCAUGGAGGACGAGCUGGCUCUGGAGGUUCCAAGAACUACUGCAACAACUUCAAUGCCUCUUCGUCUUCCAAGAAAACGAUUUUAUCAAACGCAAAAGCUGCAUCGCACAGGCACAACUCGUAUUAAUCGCAGUCAUGCAUAACAGAUUCAUGAAGACCUGACGGAAGUCAGCAUUACAAACUGCUUUUCAUCUUCUCUCGGACAAAGAACUUGUAUUGCGAUUUCUACUAAUGCGGUCCUCACGUUUUUGCGAUGCAUAGAUCUCAACUAACGACAACACGGAAGACGGAGUCUUCGAUUCGGACGACGAGGUGGGCGGAUUGAGAGGCUUGUUGCCGAAAAAGAUGCUGCAGGCCAUGCAGUAUGCAUUGCAAAAGUAUCGUACUACAACUACUAGUGUCAAUCGCAUUACAAAUUUGAUGAUCAGCAUGAAAAAUGGAGUUUGUCAUGGUGUUUCACCUUGAGAAGAAGAUUUGUCAUGCAUAUACUGCAAUGUAUGAGUGCGAGUGCGAUGCUUUUGCGUAGGAUAUGCAGCAAACGAGUUCUUCGAGUGAGGAGGAGGAUUCGGAUUGAAGUGUUUCUUUCCAAAACAAGCAAAGCCUCAUGAGUGGAAAGUAAUCAGCUUUCAUCGGCUUUUGUAGUAUCCAUCUGUGAAGACCAACAAUACGAUUUUGCUUCUUCCGGUAUCUUGAACUUGCGAUUUUUUGUAGAAUUUCACUUUUUACUUGUUUCUGUUUUGUUUCCCACCAGGAUGAAAUUGUGUGAAAGAUGACCUACUCCUCUAUGUACUUAGGCCACAAGUGUUAUUUCGUCUCAGUGUUGUUUCAGCUCCGUUGUGGUCAUCACGCGAAGUAGAGCACUGGAUUACAACGCGAAAAAUCUACAACAAAACACCGCCUGGCAGUAUCGUUUCCUGGGACUCCGAAGUUGAACAUGUCGGCGAUGUCUCUGCACGACUUUGCUCUCAAAUGUGUUGCCACUUAAGUGUUUUGGUUCAU